AAUCGAACGGUGGUGAAGGACCUUAUAGCUAAAAAUCAUAGUAAGGACGCAAACGGCUUAUUAUCAAAGCAUUUUCUUUCUCGUAUACUUUAAUAUCAACAAAGAUAUCCUUCAAAGGAUCUCUGGACGAGACUGCAUCCGACACUAUUUCUUUGCGUAACACAUUUCACUGCAACAAUUGACAUCACCUCUCGAUGGAUUGAGCUACCCAUCGAGCGCGUCUCCAGGUGGCGGAUAGGAGGACGGCCAGACGACGCUGUCGUCUGGUUAGCGGCAGUCAUAGCCUCCCUGCCGGCCGGCAGAACGAGGUAAAAUUGUCGCCGCGGACCAGCUCCCCAAAGCCAAGUUGUGGGCGAGAGUCGUGGCGAGGGCUGCGUGACACUGGGGGAGCAGUGUCGCUAACGACGCCUCCGGGGAACCGGGCGACACCCCGCCAGUAAUCGAGCCUUACCCACGCAUGCGGGGCUCUGCGUGGGCCGACCGUGUCUUUUCCCUAGCUGCUCGUGGGAUUCAAAUGGAGAAACUUGAAACUGUUAAACUCGAAACUGAUGUAGACACUGAAAUCAAAAUAAAGACGGAGGCCGCUGAGGAGGUCUCCGACACGCGUGACGCGGACAAUACCACCGACGUCGCUCGAUUUCUGGACUCGAGGAGUACCGUGUUCACUACGAAUAAACUGAACAACGCUACGGUGGUCGGAAACAAUACUCUCUUCCGUUCGCAAAGAAAUUGGAGGAGGAGGAGGAAGAAGAAGAAGAACUUCCCGUCUAACUUGGCCUUUAAUCACCCGGCGGCCUCGACGGCGCCACAGGCAACGGCGAGCACAUCCGUCCACCACGGCGUCAAACGUCCGUACAGUUCCGUCGACGGCUUCGCGCCGAACAGCGCUAAGAAGCUCAAGGUGUUCGACGAGAGACUACAGACGGUCGAUCAUCGCCUGAUCAGAGCGAUAGUGUCGACGGACAACGCGCCGUUGGGUCCGGAGCAAUUGACGCUGUUCCGAGGUGCUGUCUCGCGGGAGAUCGACAAGAUCGUCGGUGGACCCGUGCCCAAGUUUUACGACUCGUACGUCAAAUUCGACGCGAUAGUAGUCAGAUGCGUCGACGACGCGUCGCUCCGCUGGCUGUCGCUGCAGAUCGGGCGCAUCUCGCCGUGGCCGGAGGCCAAGCUCAAGAUGAUCGCCUACAACGACCUGCAGAGGUGCUAUCGGGCUUGCGUGUGGAUCCCGGGUCCGCACGAGGCCACCGGGAUCGUGCUGCAGCGACUGAACCGGCAGAAUCCGUGUCUCAACACGGCGAGCUGGAGGAUAUUCGCCGAGAACGGCUCUUCCAAGAAUGGGAGGAGUCUGUUUCUCGGGAUGCCGGAAUCGGACUUCAGAAGGCUCGAGUCGCUCAAUUUCAGGGCCUACCUAGGCCUCGGGCAAGUCAACUUUGCCUUUACCAACGUCAGUCAGGAGAGCUCGGUCGCGUCCAAUUAAUGUCUUCGUUAGUGGCUUCGUAAUGUCUAGUCAUUUUUUUCUUUAACUCGACCGGGACGGGCUUAACUUUUUGAUGUAAAUAAAAGACUAAGGUCUAAAAAACACUUUUUAUGUCAUCGUUCUUGCUUGGUGUAACAAAGAACACGGUAUUUUUUUAUUAUAUGUUUAUCGUUUUUUUUCCAAUUCUGUAUAAGUAAAGACAAAUAAAAAAUUGGAAUAUAUUUUCCCCUGUGUAUCAAAGA